AUGAGCUUACUUCUCAUUUCCGGAGCUAACAAAAUAGCUUAAGGAUUAAUUCGAAACUUAUAUAAUUCUGGUAAAUAUGAACAAAUAGUUUGUGCAGAUAUAUUUCCUACCUAUUACUACUUAUAAAGAUAUUUAACAUUUAAGGAUUCAUUAGAUUAAAAUAGCAAAACAGUAUUAAAAGAAGUUAAGCUAAUUGACAAAAUAGAUUUAGAAUCUUCUAUUAGAUAAGCUUCCCAUGUAAUAUAUUUUACUCAUGAUUAUUAUUUGAAUGUUUUAUGUAAGCAUAAUCUAUUUAAAAAUACUGCUACUUUAUGUAAAGCAGCUGGCGUAAAGAAACUUUUAAGCGUAAAUCCUAUUGAAAACGAACAUUAUGGCGAGUAAGAUCCUAUUCAUACUGCUAACUAGACUGAAAAUGAAGUAAAAAAUAUAAACCCUAAUGUAAUUGAACUAAAAGUUGAUCUAACUUUCGGAAAGCAUUCUAAUGUUGUUAAUUAAAUUCUUACAAAAAUAGUAAAUAAGUAAUCUUUGCAUUUCUAACCUUCCAAUCAUUCUGUUUAGCCUAUACAUACUGAUAAUGUUUACUAAGCUAUUCAAAAUUUACUUGAAUCUGAUAAUCUUAAAGGUAAUAAAUUCGUUGCCAGAGGUUCUGAAAAUUUAGAUUGGAAAACUAUUGUUGAUUAAUUAUCUUUAGCUAUUGGAAGUUAAGCUUAAUUAAAUUAGAAUUCUCUUGAAAAUGUUGUUUCUCCUGCUUCUGCUAAUUAUUUGAGUGAAUUCUUAUAUUAACCUGAAUAUUAAAAUCUUGUUAGAUUUAUUUCUCAGUAUGUUGAACCUAGAGCUACUAAUCAUCAUGAAAUAUCUGAUUUAGGAAUCAAUAAUUUAACCAAAUUUUCGGAAUUCUACAAACCAGGAAGUGUUUAGAGUAGGGAUUAUUAAUAACUUUCUGCAUUAGCUUAAUAUGCACUUCACUUUUGA